UUAACGCUGUAAAUCUAGUGCGGAGCUGCUUUAUAUGGUUUCCAUCGGUCUCGCUGUGGUGAAUGUGUGAGACCUGUGACAGUUGCAACUAUAUAAGCGAUGCUUGAUGUUGAUAGAUGGAUAGAUAUUGCGAAAGAAUGCAAGUAUUUGCCAGAAAACGAUCUAAAGAAACUGUGUAGCAUUGUUUGCCGGCUGCUGUUGGAAGAAUGCAACAUUCAACCUGUCUCCACACCUGUCACUGUGUGUGGAGACAUUCAUGGGCAGUUUUACGACCUUGAAGAGUUGUUCCGAACUGGGGGGCAGGUUCCUGAGACCAACUACAUAUUCUUGGGGGACUUUGUUGACCGAGGCUACUACAGUUUGGAAACAUUCACUCGUCUUCUGACCCUCAAGGCUAAGUGGCCCGACAGGAUCACACUUUUGCGUGGGAACCAUGAGAGCCGACAGAUUACCCAAGUGUAUGGAUUUUAUGAUGAAUGCCAAACUAAGUAUGGGAAUGCAAAUGCCUGGAAAUACUGUUGCAAAGUGUUUGACCUUCUGACUGUGGCCGCAAUAAUUGAUGAGCAAGUGCUCUGUGUCCAUGGUGGAUUGUCACCGCAGAUCAAGACGCUAGACCAAGUACGAACAAUUGAGAGGAAUCAGGAGAUUCCCCACAAGGGUGCCUUCUGUGAUCUCGUGUGGUCUGACCCUGAAGAUGUGGAGACUUGGUCAGUAAGUCCUCGAGGGGCUGGCUGGCUUUUUGGUGCUAAGGUGACCCAUGAGUUCAUGCAUCUCAACAACUUGAAGCUGAUAUGCAGGGCACAUCAGCUAGUACAUGAAGGCUAUAAGUACAUGUUUGACGACAAGCUGGUGACAGUCUGGUCAGCUCCAAACUACUGUUACCGAUGCGGUAACAUUGCUGCUGUUCUGGCCUUCUCGGACGUUAACUCCCGAACCGCAAAGUUAUACCAUGCAGUGCCAGACUCGGAGCGUGUGAUACCACCACGGAACACAACACCAUACUUUUUGUAGCAUGGCUUGUGAUUUUGCUACACCUUUCCGUUUGGUCAUUGAUCAACUGUUCAACAUGCUGUGCUUAUCCGUAGGCAGCCUGUGAAUCAGUGUAGUAAAUGGGAGGGCAGUUCAUCAGUUCAAAGGAGUGGACUAUUGGUCCUGUCACCUGCCCUAAAUAUACCUCGCCCAGAGAGCUUGGAGACAUUUUUUUCAUCCUCCAGUAAUUGUUUACACAAAAAAAAAGAUGUUUUUUUUAAAGGGCACUUGUAAAUCAUCGCAUGUGGCAUCGUCACAAAACAGCUGGUGCUGUCCUAACUGAAGUACCAAUAGUGCGAGGCAAGUUAAUUUUAUGCUGUUACGUAUGUCAAAAUGAAACGAAGAUUUAGUUUAGUAAUUUUUUUGUGAGUAAGUGUCUGGAGGCCCUGUUGCUACAGUUCAGCAACACACAUUUUCACAUGAAGUGGUCAGCUUCUCUGCGGUGCCCAUUUCACUUUGUUUUUUUAGUAGUCAGCAUGUAUGCUAAUGUAUUCAUACACAAGGACACAGAAUAAUGAAUCACCUUUUUUUCUUUGCUCUAAAGAUUUAGAGUUUAUGCAUUCCUAUCCCUGAACACUUUUUGUUGGGAGGUGGCUGCAUAAAUGGAAUGUAAGUAAAUGUGCAUUAAUUUUGUUGCAAAUUAUUGUUGGUGUGCUUUACAAAAGCUUACUCUUUUGGGAGCAGGCGAUGACAUAGCUCAUUGUAUUUAAGAUUGUAUGCAGUAUACCUGUCUUGCUUUGAAAAAAAGAAAUGUCAUGAUUAUGAUGCGACAAAGACAAUAUUCUGAUUUUUGUCGGGCCCAGUAUUUUUAUGUGAUUGUAUAUUUAAGCCUGGUUGCAGGGACUGCCAACAUUAUUGCUCAUUACUUAAAUGGCACUAGAACAGAGUAUGUCAGGUAGGUUCUUGUGCAAAUUUUAGACUUGUUUGUUUCUUGGACAGGCUUGCUCGGUGGAGACAUUCUUUUUGUUGGCUUGACAGCCUGAAUGAGCACCACGUUUAAAAGUGGCAUUUCGGUAGUCCUUGGUUUAGGUGCAAAGUGGUACAAUAAACACCUGUUCCAAGCCCUG